UCCAAUGUGUAAUGGCUACCAUGGACCCGCUCACCCAGAGAAAAGUAAACAACGAAGUAAGAAAAUUCUGGCGGUAAGUACACAUGUCGAGUUCUGGAAUGUACUCAGUCGUCAUGGAUGGCUUGAUAAGUUGUGAGGUCAGCCCAACAACAAGUGCGCACAGCCAGUAGAUGACAAACGGCAAGUAGAGGCCCAGCCCAUGGAACGGCUUGUGCAAGUAAAAUACACGGUACAGUCCGUAUGCCCUAAACGCGGCCAGAGAGCACAUGCCGCCCGCGCCAAUGAUAACCCGCAUCCACACGCCAAAUGCCUUACAGUUGGUCAGAAGCGUGCCGGCAACAGGUAGAUGUGCAUUGGACUGCAGGUCGCCGACGAACCAUACGACGGAAACAGCCAUGAUCAGUGCCAUGACUAUGACAUUUUUGGACUUGAUUGGCGCAUAGUUCCGAUUCCGCAACAUGUACAUGACAGCCAAGAAAUUGAACGAAUAGAUCAUCGAAAUGACAAUCAGCAUGAUCAUGUCGGCCAUGCCUCGCGGAUCCAACUUCAGGUCCAUUUCCUCGGCGUUCUUUUGGCGCUGCAGCUCGGUCUCAGUCAAAGUAAAAGACAGUUGGUUGCCCAUUGUUUAUAAAUAAAUAUGUUAUAUGUGUUGUGGUCAAGUAUUUUUUUAUAGGAAUGUGUUUGAUAGCAGAAUAAAGCUUAGUUAAUUUUUAAAUAAAUAAAGUAUAAUUAAUUAAUGGUUAUGUGUAAAUAAUAAAAUUCCUUAAUAAUAUUAGUAGGAUAUAUUUUAUUUUAAAAUAUAAAGUAAAAUAAAG